UCCACUGGACAAUUAUUACUUGAUAUAUAUAUAUAUUUUUUAAUCUGUAUUUUUGGAGUGACAGCCGAAAUUAAUUAAGAUAAAAUUGUAUAUGUGUGUGUGUAGUGCAUGCUACAGUCGAUAGUAUAAUCUAAAUAAGGAGAAAAUUGAUAAAGCGCUUAAAAUCGCGUGUUUACAGCAACCACCCUCUUUUCUGUACUGGACUGAGCUUGAUUUUAGACUCCUGCAAGCCUCAACCUGCUGACUGACGAACAUAUACGGUUUUUUUUUUAAGACCUGUCAGUUCUUACCAUGGGCAGUUUAUAUCUCUCAAGAGGUCGGUGUAUUCUCCGGCAGGUGUUCUCUGGCUUACCCAUGAUGCUGCAGCGGCCCUACAGCCUCGGUAACGACACAUCACUACUCGGUGUGUCAGCGCAGCUCCUGCGGACUCAAGCCUUCAUAGAAGGGCGCUGGGUCUCCGCUGCAUCCACGUUCCCCGUGUUAGAUCCAGCCACGGGAGAAGAGAUCGUGAAGGUGUCAGACUGCGGUACAAAGGAAGCUCAAGACGCUGUCAAUGCUGCGUACAAAGCGUUUCACCCGUGGAAGAGUCACACAGCCAAGGAGAGAAGCAUUUUGCUGCGGAAGUGGUUUGAUCUGAUCAAUCAGCACAAGGAAGAUCUUGCCAAGUUGAUCACAGCCGAGUCUGGGAAGCCUAUGAAGGAGUCUGUUGGUGAGAUGACAUAUUCUGCCUCCUUUCUGGAGUGGUUUUCUGAAGAGGCCAGGCGUGUGUAUGGAGAUAUUGUCGCACCUCCAGCCAAGGACCGCAAGAUCCUGUUACUCAAGCAGCCGGUGGGAGUGGCUUCCAUCAUUACACCUUGGAAUUUCCCCAGUGCCAUGAUCACCAGGAAGGUAGGCGCAGCGCUUGCGGUGGGCUGCACUGUGGUGGUGAAGCCGGCUGAGGACACGCCUCUCUCUGCGCUGGCCCUUGCUGAGCUGUCAGUUCAGGCUGGCAUUCCUCCUGGGGUGUUUAAUGUGGUGCCCUGUUCAAGAGAAAAGACCCCUGCUGUUGGGGAGCUGCUCUGCACAGACCCUCUCGUGGCCAAAAUCUCAUUUACUGGCUCCACAGCCACUGGCAAGAUACUACUAAGACACGCUGCAGGAACUGUUAAAAGGGUGUCCAUGGAGUUGGGAGGACACGCCCCCUUUAUUGUAUUUGACAGUGCUGAUGUAGAUAAAGCCGUUGCUGGAGCGAUGGCUUCCAAAUUCAGGAACUCAGGCCAGACCUGCGUGUGCUCCAACCGCUUUUUGGUGCAGAGUGGCAUCCAUGAUGCUUUCAUGGAGAAGCUGGCGAAGGCUAUGGAUGCCGAACUGAAGGUUGGCCAUGGCUCAGAGCCCACCACCACUCAGGGGCCACUCAUCAACACUCGUGCUGCAGAGAAGGUGGAGAACCAGAUUGCAGAUGCUGUGUCACUGGGAGCAGUCAUAGUUCGAGGUGGGAAGAGACUGGAGGGCUCCUUUAUGCAGCCCACCCUGCUGUCCAGUGUCAACACUGACAUGCUCUGCAUGCGAGAGGAGACCUUUGGACCCCUUAUUCCUGUUGUUAAGUUCAACACAGAACAGGAGGCACUUGCCAUUGCCAAUGCCUCUCCUGUUGGUUUAGCAGGUUACUUUUACUCCAGAGACAUCAGUCAGAUCUGGCGGGUGGCUGAGCAGAUGGAGGUGGGCAUGGUUGGGGUCAACGAAGGUCUGAUCUCCACCACAGAAGCCUCUUUUGGUGGAAUCAAACAGUCUGGACUGGGCAGAGAAGGAUCCAAAUAUGGCAUUGAUGAGUAUCUAGAAAUAAAGUACAUGUGUUUGGGGGGACUCUCGCUUUAAAGACUAUGGUUACUGACAGGAAGUAUGUCAUUAUUCAGGACAAUCAUACAAACAUUAAUCUAUAAAACUCAUGUAACAUUCUCCUUUUUAAUCAGAUUUAACUGAAUAAUGACUAUGGAGAGACAUUUCACUGUCAGGAUCAUUUAGAUAUUUGCUUGGUACAAAUUGUCCUUCCAUCAUAAGUUAUUAAUGUAACUUAGUUGCUCUGAAAUAAGAUUGGCUUGCACCGAGAAAAAAAAAGCUUAUUUUUAUGAUGUAAAAAAAUAUGUAAACAUCCUUGAAGCAAGAUAUAUUUAGUUUUGUGUAUUUGGGUAAGAUGAGAUUUAUUUUUAGAUAAUAGUUUAUUUUUCUUACUACAUUUAAUUUUAGAUUGAAAAGAAGACAAAAAUACACUUUUUUUUCCACAGUGUAACUUUAUUUUGAUGUGCUAAUUCAUUUAGGCAGAGAAAAAGAAAUCCCAAUUCACAAUUAAGUGGAACACUGAGUGUUCUAUUUUUGUAAUGAACCAUUGAAUCAUUGACUGUGAUGGGAUGUUUUUGGGUGCUCAAGCUUCUGCAUAGACAGUUCUUAUUUGAGGUAUUAAAUCAUAGAGAUUAGUCAAGCAAAUUAACAAAUUUGUCUGUGGUCAAAUGUUGUAAUUGUAAGUGUAUUUAAAAAACAACAACAACUGUUCUCUGUUUUAUUUUUUUAAUUGUUGAAAAUAUUAAUUCUAGAUUGAUAUACCUAGUUGUAUUUCGAACUGUUAUAUUUAUGAAAAUAUGUUUAAAAGUAUAUUCAUUUUCUUACUUUAGGAGUGACAUUUUUGCAGAUAAAAGCACAUGAAAGUACAGUGAUUAAAUAUACAGCUGAAAGCCUUGGUAAAGAAACUUCAAAUCUGGACAUUUCAAUUUCUGCUGAUCGUAUAGUUGUGCCAUUUUCAUUAAUAUGCAAACUGUUGUUUAUGUGAAUUCAGAUUCAUUGGAUUUCUGCCACGGAUACUAUAAAUAUUGAAUGGUUGUUUUGGUUAUAAAACAGUCUACCCUCUGUAAAGGGCCAUAUGUCUUGAAUUUUUUGCAUCACCAGCUGCAUUAAAGCAAAAAAGAAAAUAGGAGAAAUGCAUCUCCUUGUCAAAAUGUGCUUUGAUACAACUGGCAUCUAUUGCAAUUCUAGCUAAAGCAGACAUUUUUAAAAGGUUCUAAAUCCAAAAUGCUAUUAAGACAAAGACCAGUGUACAGUAUCAGUAUACCAACAAACUAUAACAAAAAUAAUGCAUUUCAAUCAGGCACAUUAACAUUCAGAAAAUUCUAUACAAAUGUUGUGCAUAAAGAAGAAUGGCAUUUUCUUACUUUUAUGAUUUUGCCAUUCUAUGCAUCAGUUAUUUACAACUUCUCCCCAAAUUCUAUUAUAGAAGCAUCAUAUAAAUAACAAAAUAACCAAUUGCUUGCACUGCGUCUCUGAACAUACAAGCAUUAUUAAGAACAUAGUGAGAUCAACUGCGAUUAUGUGAGUUGAAUGCAAGAUCUUUUUAUAUUCAAAAUGAAUAUACGAUUGGUAAUUGACAGUAUCAUUCAGAAAAGGGGAAUAUUCCAUUACAAGACUAACUGCAUUCAAUAGUCGAUAAGUUUAGCAGCCCAUUCAUUCAGCCGGUCUAAAUCUGUAUUUGUGGAGUAUUCAACAAUACCCUUGCAUUGUAAAUAUCCACUAUAAAGAAAUGUCCAUGUGAGACUCAACCUUCCACAGGACAAAGGCUGAGAGUGUCUCCAUUUCUGACCACUCAAUUGGCUCUGUUUCGAGAUUUCUCGUUGUUGAAAAGGUUGUCCUGCUCACUGUCCAGCUCUGAUUCUGACAUCAGCAGGCUGGAGUUGUGUUCUGUGCUCCUGUGUUUAAUGUCUGAAGAUGACAAAUUGAGAUAAGUGAAUGCAGUGACUGCAAUUACGAAUCUAAUGGUCUGUCUAUGAUGACCAGGGUCAUGUAAACUACUUCAAGAGUGUUUGUCUUUUUACCUCACAGCAAAAAAUACUGUGGCAUAAAAUAAAUCGGGUCUGAAACUUACU